CUUAAUUCGAAUGUAGUUUGAUCCGUCUCGCGUUCGAGGAGAAUCGAUUGAGAAUUGAUUUUUCCAUUGUAGAAACGAAAUGAAAUAUCGUUGGAACGUUUGAAAUUGGAACGUUUCAACGAUGAUAUUUUUCUUCGAAUGAAAGUACGCGUCUGCAUCCGUGUGUCCAACCUUAGGAAGUUUUUAGAUUGUUCCGAGUCGGCCACCCUCUCUCGUUCCAUAAUUUACUACCUAAGAGUGGUAGAAAAGAAAAGAAGUAGAGAAAAAUAAAUUUCUUCAUUUCGAUGAUAUUUAUUGAAAAUGGAAGAACUGCAGUCGGAAGUACGAUACGAGUCGAAUUCGAUUAACGAUUCUCUCUCAGCCGCGAUCGAACGAUCGAUCGAGCUAGGAGUAAAAUCAGGCAAACUCGAAUGUGGAAAUUUUUGGCCUUCGUCUGUCAUGGCCGCGAGUCUCCGCGGUUACGUUUGGACAGGGUUUGAUAAUAACGAGAGCGAAGAGGAUUCGAGGGAGGAAGAUUUGAGAGGAAUUUUUCGGCGACGAGGAGGAGCAAGUAGAGGAAGACCAGCACGAAAUCCAUUGCUAAUCCUCCGGCCGUUGCUUUCGUCGUUACCAGGUCGACGACUCGGUUCAAGGCCACGAGCCGAUGGACAAUUACGUCAGGAUGACGCUCAGGAAGCUAUCGUUGCUCAGUCGAAUAUUACGAGACGUCGUUUUCGUACUGCCGCUGUUCUUGCACUGAAACAGUGCAAGAGAAAACAGGCCGCCAGAGUGAGGAAGUGCGUUUGUCUCCCCUCCAAUUACGCCCUGGUCGAGUUCCCAAUUGUCUGGUCGGAACUUAGAGCGAAUCGACAGCUUUGCGACGGUGCCAUCAGAUGUGCCAAGGACCAGUUUUUUCCUGUUCAUCGAGCCAUACUUUCCGCGGUUAGUCCUUACUUCAAAGCCCUCUUCACCAAUAGUCUCAAGGGUGGAAAGAGCGAGACUACCGAGGUAGUUAUCGACUCGGUACCCAGUGAAAUCUUCGCUCUGAUCCUCGAUUAUGCUUAUACCGGCACCUGCAACGUUAACGCGGACAACGUAGAGCAGCUCUUACCUUUGGCAGAUCAGUUCGAGGUCCUUGGUGUUGUCCAGCUCUGUUGUCAAUUUCUCUUGCAAGAACUCAAGCCGGACAAUUGUUUAGGAAUCUUUAAAUUUGCACGUCACUAUUUCUGCCGGGAUCUCGAAGAGAAAGGCCGAAGAUACAUUCGUCAUCACUUCAAACAAAUACUUUAUGAGAGUUCAGAGUUCAAGGAAUUGCAGUCGGAGGAAUUGGAGUCAAUAUUAGAGGAUGACGAACUCAAUGUGAAAAACGAGGAGAUAGUAUUCGAGGCCGUUAAAACCUGGGUUGAGUAUAAAGUAGAGGAAAGGAAGAUUCACGUGGCAAAGUUACUGGAAUGUAUCCGUUAUGGAUCAAUGAGUUACAAUUAUUUCGCUGAUAAUGUCCUCAAUUGGAAACUCAUUCGGGAAGACGAAACCUGUCAACGAACAUUGCAGUCAGCAAAAGCUUACCUAACCGAACAAGACAACAAACAGAACGGAGAAAUCGACAUGAAGAACCCAUUGUCGAGACCACGAGUACCCUACGAAAUCCUUUUUGCGAUUGGUGGGUGGAGUGCCGGUUCACCGACUAGUUUCGUCGAGACUUACGACACGAGAGCUGACAGAUGGUUUCUAUCAGUAAGCACGGAUCUGACGCCACGAGCUUAUCACGGGAUCUGCGCUCUCAACGAUCUCAUCUACAUGAUUGGAGGAUUUGAUGGGAACGAACACUUUAAUACCGUCCGAUGUUUCGAUCCAGUGACGAAGGAAUGGCGUGAACGAGCUUGCAUGUACCAUGCUAGGUGUUACGUUAGCGUUUGCACACACGGUGGCAAGAUAUACGCAUUAGGAGGGUACAAUGGAAGAACCAGAAUGAACUCGGCCGAACGAUACGAGCCACAGAAAAAUCAAUGGGAGAUGAUUCCGCCGAUGAAUCGACAACGCUCGGAUGCCAGCGCGGCUGCACUCCGCAAUAAGAUUUAUAUCGUCGGUGGUUUCAAUGGUCAGGAAAUCCUCGACUCCGCCGAGGUCUACGAUCUCGAAAGCAAUCAGUGGAGUUACAUUCGAUCCAUGAUCAGUCCUAGAUCCGGUGUCUCGUUGGUUGCUUUUCGAGAUAGUCUUUACGCUCUGGGCGGCUUCAACGGCUUCAUUAGGCUAAGUUCCGGAGAACGUUACAGUCCUAACAACUCCGAGGAUUGGCAGGAAGUCACCGAAAUGUUCAGUCCACGAAGUAACUUUGCUACCGUGAUCCUCGACGAUAUGAUCUUUGUCGUUGGAGGUUUCAAUGGUACGACCACUAUUGCCUACGUUGAGUGUUACGAUGCGGAUAGCAACGAGUGGUACGACGCGUCGCCGAUGAAUCUCAAUCGAAGUGCACUCAGUGCCUGCGUGAUAUCGGGUCUCUCAAACGCACGAGAGUAUUCCUACCUCAGCAAAGUGCGAGAUCUUGGUCAAGGACAAGCGACUUCGAAUGGUCGUGGAAAACCGGAUCAAGCUGGAGAAGGUCCUGCCGAGACGAACGUUGCUAUGAUCAUAGACGAAGCGGUCGGUAUGGAUGCUGCUGGACCUAUUGACGGUAUGGCCGAGGGUGCUGUUGCAAAUUUUCACGAGGAAGACGACGAGGCGCCAGAGGACUUUCGUAACGUCGAAUAGCACGGAACGCUAUCCUUUCUAACUAUUUAUAAUUAUUUCAAGAAAUUAAAAAAACGCACGCGCAUACCUCUCCACACACGCACACACACGAACACACGUGCACGCGCGCGCGCACGCACGCACACACACACACACACACACGAUCAUAUCGUUAAUAGGAAACAAAGCAACAUUUCUACAAAUGAGUCAAGAUCGAAUAACUUUACAAAUUUUUAUCCAUCAAUCGAUUUAACAAUUUAUCGUUUUAGCCAAUUUUUUACGCGAUAUUGAUGUCUUUUUAUUUUUUUCUUUUUUCUUUUUUUUUUUAACGUUUGUAAAAUUUACAAGAAACACGUUAGUUUCAUGCGUGUAUAUACGAUUUUAAUUUCUCUGAUUAUCACGCGUGUCGAUGAUUUUUAUCUAUAGUGUUUCAAACAUAUUUAUUUCGAAGAUAUAAAAAACGAAAUGGUGAAAAUUAUUUCGAAUUUUUAUUCUCGCACGCGUAUCUUCCGAUUCUGUUCGUUAUCGUGAUUGUUAUGUAAUCAGAGAGAGAUUUAAUCCUAUUAAUAAAACUAUAUAAAUGUGUCUUUCUUUCUUUUUUUUUCUUUUUUUCCUUUUUUUUUUUAUAUAAAAGUAUAGAGUAAGUUGAAAAUAAAAAUCAGGUUGUUGGGAUGCGGCCGAUCCCCUUCAUUAAUAAAUCGAGAUUUUAUAUUAAUCUAUCUCUUUAUGUAUAGAUUUAUUUCAUUUUUUCUCAUAUGUACUCAUAUAUUAUGUAUAGUGUAUACAUUGUUACUUCUUCAUUGGUGUUUCUCCUUUAACGACAAACUUCUUUACUUCUUCUUGUGCAUCUCUCUCUCUCUCUCUCUCUCUCUCUCUCUCUCUCUCUCUCUGUCACUCACUCAAGCUCUCUCUCUAAUCCCUCUCGCACGAUACACGAUCUUAUUCCACAAAAGCAUACAUAGUUGCAUUGACAAAUACUUGCUGAUCUCAUUGAUUAAACUCAAUUAAAAAAUACACAUUAGUCAACGGACGAACGAGUCAGGCGUGUUUCCUCAUAUUUUUCUUUUUUUCUUUGUCGAUUAUAAGAUUUCGAAAAUGAUCUAACGUAAUGUCGAACACGCCGAUCGUUUGUCGUUCGGUCGAUUUUCGUAAUUAAAAAAUGAUGUAACAAUCGAUGCACAUACGCUCGUAAAAAAAGAAAUCAGAUUAAAAUUGAUGACGCGCUCGCUCUACUGCCGAGAAAUCCGUCAAGUAAAUCCUUCUAAAAUUGCGAAUGUAAAUUUUUUUUCACGGUUAAAUGAUAUAACUACGUGUGCUUAUAUACAUAUACACACAUGUAUAUCGAUCGAUCGAUCGAUUGAUCGUUAGAACCUAUCGUUAGAUCGUGUCUUUGUUGGCAGUUUUCCCAACUUUGUCCUCGUCAAAACGAGAUUUUAGAAAAAUUGUGCCACGCGUACGUAUAAUGAUAAGAAAAUAAAAAAUACACAAAUCACGUAUAUAUAUAUGUACAUACAUACAUACAUACAUACAUGUGUGUGUGUGUGUGUGUGUGUGUAUACACAUAUGGACUUAUGUAAAGUUAAUUCGCAAGGUACACACAUGUUAAUUCUCGAUACGAUUACAAAUGCAAAGACUCAUGUACGAACGAGUAAUCAAUUAGGACUUUGACGAAGAUUCCUGUGGCACAUAGUUUCACAAUGAGUGAAUGGAAUUAUGUCUCAAAGAUCAUUUUCCAACAUUACCUAUGUUUUCUUUGUAUUUUUCUUAUUCUUUUUCCUUUUUUCUGGCAGUCACCGUAUUUUUUUUUACAAUGCAAUGCGACGAAAAGAGAGCGGUUUGCAUUUCGUCGAAUCGAGAAAAUGAAAUUUUGUUUACGCUCCAACAAAUUCAUUUAUAAUAAUCGAUUCGUUCACAUAAUUAAUUAAUAUGUAAUUAUCGUUAUUGUUAAUGCCUCUUAAAAAUCGUCAAUAAUUUUUUGUCAUAGAUGAUCGUAUAAUAAUUAUCUCUCUUUCUUCCUUUCUCUCUCUCUCUCUCUCUCUCUCUCUCUCUCUCUCUCUCUCUCUCUUUCUUUCCUUCAUACACGCAUAAACACGCAAAAACACACACGUGCAUUGUCUUUCUCUUUUAUUCUUUUUUUUUUAUAUGGGAUACCAGCCCGUUGAAAAAGGAAAAAGGAAAUAUGCUGGGUUGCAAAAAUUACUUAAUCUAUCGUAAAGAAAUCGAUCAAAGUUCGCGGUCAAUUUCCACUGGGUUGAGUCUCUCUUUCUGUUUCGUUAAACAUUCGCGAUAAAAAGGAACAAUAUAUCAUCACGCAUCGAAUUCACCCGACGCUUCUAAUAUUAGGUUAAAAAGCGGAACAAAUUGAUCUUGAAUAUAUAUAUAUAUAUAUAUAUAUAUAAAU